GGUAAGGAAAAAUGGGUGGGAACCAGACGGGAACAACCACGGGAAUCAAAUAACAGGGAGACGUCUCAUUGCAAAGCGCAUACUUGGAAUUCCGCUUCCGUUAGAUGAACUUUAACAAGCAGAAAGUAUUUCAAUGACAUAAACUAGCACCUUCUGAUAAAAAAGAACGCAAUUCGAAACAAGAAAUGGCUUCAUCGCCUCAGAAAUCACCGUCUUCUCCUAAAUCCCCGACUCCAAAAUCACCACCCACCAGAAAAAAAGAUGACUCCUUUCUCGGAAAACUCGGGGGAACUUUGGCUAGAAGAAAGAAGGCAAAAGAAGUGUCGGAGCUCCAGGAGGAAGGGAUGAAUGCCAUCAACCUGCCCCUCAGCCCCAUCCCCUUUGAGCUGGAUCCAGAGGACACCAUGCUGGAGGAGAAUGAGGUACGCACUAUGGUGGACCCCAACUCAAGGAAUGAUCCCAAACUGCAGGAACUGAUGAAGGUCCUUAUAGACUGGAUCAAUGAUGUGCUGGUGGGCGAGAGAAUCAUUGUCAAAGACCUAGCUGAAGACCUUUACGACGGACAGGUUCUCCAGAAGCUCUUUGAGAAGUUAGAAGGAGAGAAGCUGAACGUUGCAGAGGUGACGCAGUCCGAGAUCGCUCAGAAACAGAAGCUGCAGACAGUCCUUGAGAAGAUCAACGACACUCUCAAGGUCUCCACCAGAAACGUCAAAUGGACUAUUGACUCGGUUCAUGCCAAAAGCAUUGUGGCCAUCCUCCAUCUGUUGGUGGCACUGGCUCAGCAUUUCCGUGCUCCAAUCCGACUACCUGACCACGUGUCCAUCCAAGUGGUGGUCGUACAGAAACGAGAAGGCAUCCUCCAGUCUCGUCAGAUUCAGGAAGAGAUUACCGGGAAUACAGAGGCUUUAUCAGGAAGACAUGAGAGAGAUGCCUUUGAUACAUUGUUUGACCACGCGCCCGACAAGCUGAACGUGGUAAAAAAGACGCUGAUCACAUUUGUAAACAAGCACUUGAACAAGUUGAACCUUGAGGUGUCUGAACUUGACACACAGUUUGCUGAUGGUGUAUACCUGGUUUUGCUGAUGGGGUUGCUCGAAGGCUACUUUGUUCCCUUACACAACUUCUUCCUCACCCCAGAAAACUUUGACCAAAAGGUGCACAACGUGGCCUUCUCCUUUGAACUGAUGCAAGAUGGAGGUCUGGAGAAGCCCAAGCCCAGAGCAGAGGAUAUUGUGAACUGUGACCUGAAAUCCACCUUAAGGGUAUUGUACAACCUCUUCACCAAAUACAGAAAUGUGGAGUGAAGCAGAAUCUGUUCACCAUCGUAAAACGUUUCUGGCUGUGUAGCGAAAGCUGUCUUUUGAGUGAUGUUUGGGCCCCAAUAUCUAAUCCUAUAACUUUUGCUUGCUCAAUUCACACUCCUAUUGCACUCCUAUUGUAUAAGAUAAGAUAAGCUUAAUUACUGAUGGUCAAUAUAUUAAAUUAUUCAAUAAUGCUGUCUUGUUAGCUAGCAUUUGGACCAUUGGUUACUAGUCUUUGUAAUGUGUGAAUGGUGACCUGAAGUCUACUUUGAAUCACAACUAUAGAAUUGCACCAAUACCGAAGGACCUUAUGGAUUUGUGAAGGAAAUAAUAUAAUGUAAGCUGUGCCAUGACAUUGAUGCUGGGUCUUGCACUGUACAGGACAUGAAGAUACACUGUGCUGUUCCUUAUUUUACCUUUAAGGCUGACCUCUUGAUCUUAAUGUAUCAUUGCCCUCUUCCAAAGAUAGCAAAUGCUUUAUUGAUAUUAUUUGUAUUACUUGGUAAAAACAAGUAAGCAAAUUGUUAUGUCUACUUGAACCAAUAAACCAGAAAUACAAUUUGUAUGAUGUCUAGUUGUAAGUGACAGAACUAUUUUAUACAAUUAAACUGCAUAAUCAUGCCAAAAUAUGUCCAAUAAAGCAUGUUAAGUUGUACGUCUUAAAGUUAUUUAGUAUUUCCAAAAAUAUGCCCAUUUGUUAAAUAGAUUAAUGUAAACUGUUACAGAGAUGUCGCUUGGAUUGCAUCGGAUAUGAAAAAUACAUUGUUAAAAGAUCGUAGGCAGAAUCUUUAAAUAUUUUUUAUUUCUGUCAUUCUGUCAAAUAAAUAUUUCAUGAAAACAA